UUCCAAGCAAGCGAUGUGACUUAGAAGUGUAAAAUCGACAUUUGAUAUCCUUGAAGAUAUUGUGUGGCUAAAAGGACCUCCAAAGAUUGGGAGCCAUGGAAAAUACCCAUCCAAACCAGGAUACUAAAUCAGAAAUCAGUCUUCAAAAGCAAGCCCCAACUCCUAUUGAUGAAGAUGUGCUUGAGAAAUAUUUUGAAGAUAGCGAAGAAGAAGAAAUUUCUAAGGUUUUUGAAGAAUGUACCAUCAGCACCACCAAGCCAAGAAAAACCGGCACAAGAAGAGAUUUUUCAAAAAUGCCUGAGUUUGCAGACAAAAUGUGGUUUCCGAAUUAUUUUCAAUCAUGCAAGUUCAAAGUAGAAAUUCACCCCAAUUCUGAGAAAGAAUGUGAAAAGAUGUUCAGUAAUACAGUAGAGUCUGCCUCACGAACAGAUGAAUUCAUUAUUGAGCAGAUUAAGGAGAAAUAUUUUGACGAUCUCAAAUGCUACCUUGAAAUGGGAAUGAGCGUUUUGAUUCAUGGUGUCGGCAGUAAGCACAAAAUUCUGAAAUUAUUCUGUCAGUACAAACUUUGUGAGUAUGACCUAUUUAUUAUUAAUGGAUAUCACCCUCAGACUAAUUACUCCAAUGAUUUUGCAAGAUUUUUAAACGAUAAAUUGAUAGAAUUUGGGAUCAAGAAAGCUAAGAUUGUCAAUGAGGAGGAUGUAGACCUUGAUCCUGAUAUUGCCAACAAGAAAUUUUCAAAGCAAAGUACAGCAAUAUCCCAGAUUCAAAAAUUAUUAACUAAACUCAGAGGGCAUCAGAAAGAUAUCUUUCUUGUAAUCCAUUGAUUUGAUCAUUUAGUGAAUAAAGAUCCUUGCUUUCAAACUUUUAUCCAUAAUUUGUUCAUAAUCAUAAAUGAAGACAAGACUCUUCCCAGAAUAAGACUCAUUGCUGGGAUGGAUUGAUUGAAAAUUGGGCUUGGAUUCCAUGAAAAAUUCCUCAAUGAUAUCAUGGCCAUCUUCUUCCAGAUUGAUACUUUUGAAGAAUAUGAUAUUGAGAAAUUAUACGCACCUCAUUUAUUCUCCACAAGAAGUGACCUUGAAGAGAUUGGAGUUGAAUACAUACUGAAGUCACUCACCAAAGACCAGAUUUAUGUGAUUCAAGCUGUUGCCAAGUAUCAACUAGAAAACCAGAACGAUAUUGGAAUUUCUUUUAGAGAUUUAUACACAGACUGAGAAGAGGAAAUCGGAAUUACCAAUCAAAGGCAGCUUAACUCUUAUCUCGCAGAAGCGAAGGAUCACAAGUUGAUUGUUGAGAAAAAGGAUUCUGAUGAUACCAAUUAUUUAUCAAUAAAUUAUAAUGUAGGCUCACUGUGCUCUCCUGAGAUACUGCAGAAGAUCAUUAACUAUGACUCCUAAUUGGAUAUUCAAUAUUAGAAAGAGAAAAU